UCCGAAAGCAACCGAGUAUAUAGUGGUUAGUGCAAAGCCCAUUCGUAUUUUUUUUUUCGUUCCAUCCUGAAAGUUUAAGUGGACAGCGGGCCGUUAUUCUGGUCUGUCACUCAGCUCGACCCGAAAUUCUGAAGUGUAUUUCUUUGGCCGACAGAUUUCCGUCUUCUCUCAAACUCACUCUUCCUUUCGAAGCGGCAAAAAAUACGGGUGAAAAAAUAGUCAAAAAAAUAACUAAGGACAACAACAAUUCGGCGGUUCGUUUUUUGCCAGUGUGUGUGCGUGUGUGUGUGCGCGUAGUGUAAGUGUGUGUGGACCGGUGCUCCUGUUUUUGUUGUUGUGUUGCUGUUUCCAAGACACAAAACACGCACACAAACGCAGGGUCGCAUGCAAGAGACUCGCACACAAUUGCGAAUAUUAAGUAAAAACAUAUACACAAUAUAUGUGACAACAAACGCCAGGAAAAAACUAAAAAGCGGAGAAAAACAAUUGAGAAAUUAAAUCAGCAGCAACAGCAGGAGCAGAAGUAGCCGCAACAUGGAUCUAAUCAAUAAGUUUAGCAAUGCAUUCUGGAGCGAGCACAUUUGGCUGCCGCCGAACACAACUUGGGCGGAUAUUGCGCCCGGCUCGCGACAGGAUGUGGUGCACGCCAACUAUAAGGACCUCAUCUGGCCCAUUCCAUUCGCCGCUGUCGUCAUGCUGGUCCGCUACACGCUCGAGCGUUUUUGGAUAUCGCCAAUAGGCAAAUCACUGGGCAUACGUAGUUCUAGACCUAAGAAGGCGGCAAAUGUUCCUAUUUUGGAGACGGCCUAUGCCAAAUCGACGCGAUUGGACAACAAAUGGCUGGCUCCGCUGUCCAAGCAGACGGAUAUGAGCGAGCGCCAAAUUGAGCGCUGGUGGCGUUUACGAAGGGCCCAGGACAAGCCCUCGACGCUGGUGAAGUUCUGCGAGAAUACCUGGCGCUGUAUCUACUACCUGUACAGCUUCAUCUUUGGCGUGAUCGUGCUGUGGGACAAGCCCUGGUUCUGGGAUGUGAAGAGCUGCUGGUACGGCUACCCGCAUCAGUCGAUCAGCAACGAUAUCUGGUGGUACUACAUGAUUUCGAUGUCCUUCUACUGGUCCCUCACUGGCACCCAGUUCUUCGAUGUGAAACGCAAGGACUUCUGGCAGAUGUUCAUCCACCACAUGGUCACCCUGCUGCUGAUGUCGCUCAGCUGGGUGUGCAAUCUGCAUCGCGUCGGCUCCCUGGUCCUGGUCGUCCACGACUGCGGCGACAUCUUCUUGGAGGCCGCCAAGCUUACCAAAUAUGCCAACUUCCAGAAGCUCUGCGACGCCAUCUUUGCCAUCUUCACUGUGGUCUGGAUUGUGACGCGCCUGGGCUUCUAUCCACGCAUCAUCUACAGCUCAUCGGUGGAAGCACCGCGCAUUCUGCCCAUGUUCCCAGCCUACUACAUCUUCAACUCAUUGCUUCUGAUGCUGCUCGUCCUGCACGUCAUCUGGACAUACAUGAUUCUCAAGAUCGUUGUCGACUCUCUGCAGAAGGGUCUGAUGUCCGGUGACAUACGUUCCAGUGAUAGUGAGGAUCUCUCAGACAGUUCGGAGAAUGCAGCGCUGGCCAACGGAACGGGGCGCUCCAAGAACAAGUCGAACAGCGGUGCGCCCUCGGCCGGAGGAUCUGGAGGAGCAGCAGGUGGUGGUGCCACCCAGCGCAAGUCCAACAAUGCCAGCAAUCAUGCGACCGAGGCGACAACGGCGGCCAAGUAGAUUGGAAUGCGGGUGACACGGAGCACGGAGUAGCCGGUGGCCACCAGUAGCCACCAGUAGCAGAGGCACAUUUCCCGAGGGGCAGGAGCAACAACAACAGUAAACAAACAAAAUCAACACACAACAUCCCCCCACACGCAACACACACACACACAUACAAAAACCAAACCAGUUCAGAACGUUUUUAUGUUAAUUAUUAUUUUUUAUAUAUAAUUCUUUUUUUUUAAGAUAAACAAAAAAGAACAACAAAUCGGAAACCAAAAGAAAUUUCAAUAAAUGCGAGAAAAUUUAUGAGUAACGAUCACCUUGAAUGUAAAUCGUUAUUAAUUAAUAAUUAUAUAUAUUUAUUUAUAUAUAUAUAUGCCUCACUGCUUUUUUGUUGUUGUUUGUCUUGCUUAACCAAAAAAGAAAGAAAAGAAAAAAGAAACAAGAAAAUAACGUUAAAAAUAACCAAUUAAACGUAAAGCUAAAGUUAAGUUAUUUUACCAAACGAAAUGGAAGAUAGCACAGUGGGACUAAACCAAAUUUGCUUAGACAAGAAUUCAAUAAACGAGAAGUAAAAAAAGAAAACAGAAUAGUAGUCAAAACUAUUGUAAAUAUUGUACUUGUAUGUUUCCCAUAUUAAUAAAUUUAUGCAAAACAAAUUACAAGAACCAAA